CCCCGCGGCAUUCACGGGCGGGGCGGGGACAGUGCGGGCGACCGCAGCGCCAGCCGAGGGGAAUGCGAGGGCGGUAGUGCACGGUGGCUGGCCCCACGAUGCUGCCCGCGCUCGCCCCGCCAGCCCGGCCUGGGCCCCCAGGGCAGCUGCCCGCGGCCCCCACCCAGCGCCAGGACUCCUCCGGUUCUUCAGCCUCCUACCACACGGCUCCGGGUUCUCCAGAGCCCCCGGACAUCGGGCCGGACACGGAGGGCCAGGCGCUCUGGCCUGGGGUGGCCCCUGAGGUGGGGGCGGGCGUGCAGCCUUGCCUGUCCGUCAGCGCCCAGAAUAGCAGCCGGCAGCUCCGGACCGGCUCGGGUUUCCCGCGGGGCCGGGGCUUGGGCCCGCCGCCACCGCGGCCCCAGCUGCGCAUGCUGCCGUCGGGGGAGAUGGAAGUCAUCUUCGGCGCCGGGGCCCUGUUCAGCCGCCCCGACACGGCGGACGGGGAGGUGCAGCGGCUCCCCGCGCGCGCUUUCCGCAGCAUCUCCCCACCCGGGCCCGCGACGCCUGUUCCCGCCGCCCCGCAGCCCGAGGCUCCAGACGGUGGUUCCCGCUGGGCCACCUACUUAGAGCUUCGGCCCCGCGAGCCGAGUCCUGCCACCCCAGCGCAGUUCGAGUGCGUGGAGGUGGCACUGGAGGAGCAUGCUGCGCCCGAAAGGCCCCGGACGGUGCCCAAGCGUCAGAUCGAGCUGCGUCUCCGACCCCGGAGCCCCCCGCGAGAGGCCAGCGCAUCGCGCCCCCGACUACUUCUGCGCACCGGCUCCCUGGACGAAUCACUGGGCCGUCUGCAGGCCGCCGCGGGACUCGUGCAGACGGCGCUGGCCAGAAAGCUGAGCCCCGUGGCCGCGGCGCCCGGCAACGCCACCUUCGGGCCCACAGAGCAUCAUCCAGAGCCAGCGACCCGGGAAAGGGACCGUAGUGCCCGAAUGGUCCCGGACGAGGCCGGGUCUCGGCCACCGCGCGUGCAGUACAGUUCAGCCCCCGCUAAGGCCCCGAGGCCAUGGCCCAGCCUCCGCGAGCGCGCAAUUCGGCGCGACAAGCCCGCACGCGGGACCGAGCCGCUGGGUCCGGUCAGUUCCAGCGUCUUCCUGCAGUCAGGGGAGAAGACCCGAGAGGCACAAAGCCAGGAACCCAGUACUCGGUUCCCACCAGAGACUCUGGGUCGCAAUGCCCUGAGGUCAAAGGGUCCACCUUUAGAAUCUAAGACCCUCUGCGACGUUCCGGGUGAAGCUGCGAGGCCGAGGAGCCCGUCCCCGCUGUUGCAGGCUUCAAAUGGGACAGUGCAGCGUCCUCACUGCCCGUCCCCCCAGAGCCUGUCACCGAGGGAUCGGGUUAUUCGAAGGGUGAGUAGCCCUUCGUUUCCUGAGGCAUCCUCCGCAUGGGAAAAUCAGAAUCCCGCCGUCAAGGAAACUGUAAAGAGAAUGAGCCCUUCCCCUCCCACCCUUUCCCAGUGGAAUGAGGAUGUCACCAGGGCAAGAAACCCGUCCCGCGAAGCUCUUCCCCUGUGGGAGGUGGAGCGCCCGGCAGUCGAGGAGACCACAGAGGGGAGGAGGAGCCUGUCGCCGCCACCCUUGUCCUCAUGGGAGGCUCCAGUUUGUCCUCCUGGGAUGUGCAGCCCGUCGCUCCAAGAGACCUGGGAGCCCACAGUGCGCGGCCCAUCGCUAGCAUCUACGCAGGAAGCUCAGAAUGGCGUAGCCCAGGAAGAGCUGGCACAACCCAAGAGGUCCGCACCCGGGACCCCAGAGUUAACAGAGGCGCAAAGUCCGUCCACGCUCGAGAUGCGGGAUCUCGCUUUGCAAGGCAGGCAGUUGUCCCCAGAGGUGGCUCCACCCGAGCUGCCCCUCAAUCGCCUCGUAGGCACCCUGGAUUCGGAUGCGCGCCCGGAAUCCUUGAGCCCGGGAGAAGCGUGCCCGAUACGCCCUCGCACAACCAUUCCGCGGCCCCGCGACGUGCGCAAAAUGGUGAAGACCACAUACGCGCCAAGCUUCCCGGCAGCGACCCCAGGCUCAGGGUUGUCCGAACCUCCUGCGGACACCCGCGGAGAGGAGGGCGGUGCAUCCAAGACGCAAGAUCUCCAGGCCCUGGGGUCCCCCGCCCCGCCUCACUACACUUCCAUUUAUCUCAAGGACUUCCUGCCAGUCGUGUCGCACCCCUACGAACCCCCAGAGCCGUCCUCCAACACAGUCCUCCGGGAAGCUUCGCAGCCCAACGGAGUCCCGCGGCGGAGGGCAGAAAACAGCACCGCGAAACCCUUCGCGCGCACCGAGAUCCGACUGCCGGGUGCCCUGGCCUCGGGCCGCCGGCGGGAAGAAACCUGGGGCGUCCGUGUGCGCGGCGCUGGUGGAGAGAACCAGGGUGUGGAGGCCCAGCGCCUUGUCCCCGACGGCGAGGGUCGGACCAGCCCUCUAGGCGGCGCUCGCACCUCACCCCAGCGGUCGUCCAUGGGGUCGACUGAGGCCCAGACACCCCGACCGCCCCGCCCCAGCUCCCCUCAGGCGCACCCUAGCUCGAGCUCUGGGAUAGGACGCAAAUUGGAGACGCCCCCUUCGGGACCCGAGCGCGCCUCUGCGGGUCAGCCGGCUCUCCCGCGGGAACCCCGGGCGUCAGCCGCGCCCCAGCCCCGCGCGGCCUCGGCGCCUCCGACGGACCGAUCCCCGGAAGGCCCCUCCCAGGGGGUGCGCAGGCCGCCCGGAGCCGCGCCCCCGGGGAAGGUCCUGGUGGACCCCGAGAGCGGCCGCUACUACUUUGUGGAGGCGCCACGGCAGCCUCGGCUACGGCUGCUCUACGACCCCGAGAGCGGGCAGUACGUAGAGGUGCUCCUGCCGCCCUCGCCCCCGGGGCCACCCCGCCGCGUCUACACCCCGCUGGCCCUGGGCCCCGGCCUCUACCCGCCAGUCUAUGGCCCUAUCCCUGGCUUCUCCCUGCCGCCAUCUCCGGGUCCGCCGGCCUUCAGUGGCCCCCAGCUACCCUGGGCCUCUGAGGCAGGGCCCCUGGACGGGACGUACUACCUGCCAGUGAGCGGGACCCCCAGCCCCGCACCUCCUCUGCUCCUCUGUGCUCCACCCACCAGUUCGGGCCCCACCCAGCCCGGCAAGGGCUCCCUGUUACCGGCCUGAGCCCCACAUUGUUGAGGCCCGGCUUCCGUUCCUCACCCCUCCUUUCCUUCUGUCACCUCUUGCUUUUACCCAUCCCAUCCAGUCUUCAGCCCGGAAGUUACCUUCAAGGACUUUAUCUGAGACCCCCGGGCUGAGGGAGCUGGAACUGGGGGUCAGGGAGUGGCUGCCUACUUCUAACCACAACAAAACCGUACGCCCCUUUCCCAAGCAUUCCCAGCGUGUAGUGUGUGUGUGUGUGUGU